AUGCCUUUAAAAGCCAAUAAAGGCAUUUCUCAACAGGGACAAGGAGGUCAGCUCUCCACUAUGUUCCACCUGGGUGUCAGAGACAAACCCUGCAGAAGUUAUCGCUGUAUCGAGGAUCAAGGAUUAAAAGAGAAAGGACCAGCAGGGGAAGGGAUGGAGGUCAAAGUGGACGUGCAGUCUGAAGAGAUGAAUUCUAACCACAGUGACACAAGCCAGGCUCUGAUUCAAGACAGGGAUCCCAAGAGAAUCAACAAGAGUCUCAAGGUCACGUUUGAGGAUGUGAUUGCAGAGCCUCCCUCUGUGCGGAGCUUUGAUAAAGUAUGGCUGUGGAGUCACGCCCUAUUUGAAGUGGCCAGGUUGUGGUUCUACUGUUUCAUCUCCCUCCUGCUGGCAGUACCGCUCUCACUGGCUGCAGGGCUCCUCUUCGCUGUGCUCAGCUGCCUCCACAUCUGGUUGAUCAUGCCCUUUGUGCAGCUCCUUCUUAUCAACAUGCACUGGAUCAGGACGGUGUGGAGCAGCAUACUGAACAUUCUCAUCAGCACCUACUUUAGCAGUAUUGGAAAGUGCUGCGGCCGGAUCACCAUCCAUCUGGAAAGACAUGAAGACAGAUAG